UCCCGUGGGCCGCGCCCCACCUCCCCUGCCUGGUCCCCGGGUCUGAUGUGGGAUUGAGCAGCCCUGGGCCCUCAGGAGGCCAACAGCCGUUCCCAACCGUCUUCCCCAGGUCCGCUGCCCGGCCGGCUGUGGGUCCUGGGUCGCAGAUGUUCAGAGCCUGGCAGGAAAGCCCGGUGGUCGGUGCCCGCGCCCCUGGACUCUAACUCUCUAGGCCCGUCCUUACCCACCAUGGACCCAGACCCCCAGGCAGGCGUGCAGGUGGGCAUGCGCGUGGUCCGAGGCGUGGACUGGAUGUGGGGCCAGCAGGACGGCGGCGAGGGGCUCGUGGGCACGGUGGUGGAGCUCGGCCGCCAUGGGAGCCCGUCCACUCCGGACCGCACGGUGGUGGUGCAGUGGGACCACGGCAUCCGCACCAACUACCGCGCUGGUUACCAGGGCGCGCAUGACCUGCUGCUCUACGACAACGCCCAGAUCGGCGUGCGUCACCCGAACAUCAUCUGUGACUGCUGCAAGAAGCACGGGCUUCGGGGCAUGCGCUGGAAGUGCCGCGUGUGCUUCGACUACGACUUGUGCACCCAAUGCUACAUGCACAGCAAGCACGACCUGGCCCACGCCUUCGAGCGCUACGAGACGGCCCACUCUCGCCCGGUGCCGCUGAGCCCCCGGCAGGGCCUCCCGAGGACCCAGCUGAGGGGCAUCUUUCAGGGCGCAAAGGUGGUGCGGGGCCCUGACUGGGAGUGGGGCUCCCAGGACGGUGGGGAGGGGAAGCCAGGCCGAGUGGUGGACAUCCGGGGCUGGGACGUGGAGACGGGGCGGAGCGUGGCCAGCGUCACCUGGGCGGACGGCACCACCAACGUGUACCGCGUGGGCCACAAGGGCAAGGUGGACCUGAAGUGCCUGGUCGUGGCGCCUGGCGGCUUCUACUACAAGGAGCACCUUCCCCGGCUAGGCAAACCAGCGGAGCUGCAGCGCAGGGUGAGUGUGGACGGGCAGCCCCUCCAGCACGGGGACAAGGGCAAGUGCACGCUGGACUCGGACACCCUGCGAGACCUGCAGGAAGGCCACGGUGGGUGGAACCCCAGGAUGGCGGAGCGCCACUCCUUCUGGGUGGGCGACGUGGUGCGGGUCAUCGACGACCUGGACACAGUGAAGCGGCUGCAGGCCGGGCACGGAGAGUGGACUGACGACAUGGCCCCCGCCCUGGGCCGCGUCGGUCGAGUGCUCAAGGUGUUCGGAGAUGGCAACCUGCAGGUGACUGUUGGCGGUCAGCUGUGGACCUUCAGCCCCUCCUGCCUGGUGGCCUACCGCCCCCAGGAGGACGCCAACUUGGAUGUGGCCGAGCGCGCCAGGGAGAACAAAAGUUCACUGGGGGUUGCCCUGGAAAAGCUCCGGGCCCAGAAGAGUGAUACGGAGCGUCCCGGGAGGCUGGUGGUGGAGGCGGCGUUGGGCGACAUGGCCAGAGCUCUGGACAUGCUGCGGAGACACCCAGAACAGGUGGACACCAAGAACCAGGGCAGGACGGCCCUGCAGGUGGCUGCCUACUUGGGUCAGCUGGAGCUGGUGCGGCUGCUGCUCCAGGCUCGCGCCGGUGUGGACGUCCGGGACGAGGAGGGCCACACCGCCCUGCACUACGCGGCCCUGGGGAACCAGCCUGAGGCCGCACGGGUGCUGCUGAGCGCAGGCUGCCAGCCUGACGUCAUCAGUGGCACCCGCAGCGCCCCGCUGCACCUGGCCGUGCAGCGGGGCUUCCUGGAGGUGGUGCGGGUCCUGUGUGAGCACGGCUGCGACGUCAACCUGCCCGACGCCCAUGCGGACACGCCCCUGCACUGUGCCAUCUCGGCGGGCGCUGGUGCCAGCGGCAUCGUGGAGGUCCUCACGGAGGUGCCCACCACUGACGUCAUGGCCACCAACAGCCAAGGCUUCACCCUGCUGCACCUCGCGGCCCUCAAGGGCCACACGCUAGCCGUUCGGAGGAUCCUGGCACGGGCACGGCAGCUGGUAGACGCCAAGAAGGAUGAUGGCUUCGCUGCGCUGCACCUGGCGGCCCUCAACAACCACUGCGAGGUGGCCCAGAUCCUCAUCCGAGAGGGCCGCUGCGAUGUGAACGUCCGCAACCGAAAGCUGCAGACGCCGCUGCAUUUGGCAGUGCAGCAGGCCCACGUGGGGUUGGUGCCCUUGCUGGCGGCCGCCGGGUGCAGCGUCAACGCGGAGGACGAGGACGGGGACACGGCCCUGCACGUGGCCUUGCAGCGUCACCAGCUGCUGCCCCUGACAGCUGGUGGGGCAGUGCCACUGCUGUCCAGGCUCCAGGCCUCCGGCCUCCCGAGCAGCACCGAGCUGUCGGUGGGCAUAGCGCUGGCCUGCUUCUUGGCUCUGGAGGGCGCCGACGUGAGCUACACCAACCACCGUGGCCGCAGCCCCCUGGACCUGGCCACUGAUGGCCGCACGCGCAAAGCCCUGCAGGGCUGUGCCCAGCGCUUCAGGGAGCGGCAGACCGGUGGGGGGCCCGUGGCCCCAGGCCCCAGGAUCACCCCCAACACCAUGACCAACCUGCACGUGGCUGCCGCGUCGGGCCCCGAGGCCGCCGAGUGCCUGGUGUGUUCCGAAUUGGCCCUGCUGGUGCUCUUUUCGCCCUGCCAGCACCGCACGGUGUGCGAGGAGUGCGCGCGCAGGAUGAAGAAAUGCAUCAGGUGCCAGGUGCCCAUCGCCAAGAAGCUGCGCCCAGACGGCUCCGAGGUGGCGGGCCCUGUGCCCCAGGCCGGGCCGCCUCGCGCGCUGGUGGAGGAGCUGCAGAGCCGCUACCGGCAGAUGGAGGAGCGCAUCACCUGCCCCAUCUGCAUCGACAGCCACAUCCGCCUGGUGUUCCAGUGCGGACACGGUGCCUGUGCGCCCUGCGGGGCGGCGCUCAGCGCGUGUCCCAUCUGCCGCCAGCCGGUGCGCGACCGCAUCCAGAUCUUCGUGUGAACCCGCCUGUCCGCCUGCCCCGAGCCGCCGCUUCCACUCCCGCCGCCGCCACCGCCGUCCCGCCCCGUCCCGUCCCGGCGCUUCUUGUGUUUUAUAAAAAAGAUUCUCGGA